CUAAAAUAACAGUUUGUUUGCACUAUUUAAUGAUACUUUCCGCUAUUCACAUCUCCAUUUUGUCUCAGAAUGUAUCGUAGCGAUUAAGUGAAGAACAACUGGAACGGAAGUUUUUCAAAAUUUUACGGAAUGGUCGCGGUCGUUGAAGUACGGAAAGGAACAAAGAGUUUCGAAGAAGCUGUCACAUUAGCUGGAUAUGGGAAAUACAACUUGUACGUAUUGCUAGCAACAGGAUGUGCUUUAAUGUGCGUGAUAAUAGAAACAAUGAACGCAAUGUUCAUAACACCAGCUGCUCAAUGUGACCUGGAGCUGAGUUUGUCAGACCAAGGACUUCUAUAUUCCAUCAGCUUCUUUGGGGUCGUUGCAGGAUCUCAUUUAUGGGGUUAUUUGGGAGAUACGAAAGGACGGAGGAAAAUAGUUUUGUUUUCAUUAGUCUCUAGUGCAGCUGUCAGUUACAUAGGAAGCAUAAUAGCUAUAACUUGGUUGUUUAUACUUCUCAGGUUUAUAAACGGAAUUUUGAUUGGAGGUUCAUCAGCUAUUAUCUAUGCAUUCGCAGGAGAGUUCCAUGACAACUAUUACAGACCAAAGGUGGUAUCUUAUAUAGCCACAUUCGUGGCAAUUGGCAACAUGUACUUACCGGGCAUGGCAUGGUUGAUUCUACCUCAGCAAUGGGAGUACUAUAUCAGCUUUUUGGACAUCAACUUCAGACCAUGGAGACUUCUAAUGAUCGUAUAUGCUACUCCAAGCCUUAUUUCCGCAUUAUUGAUUUACCUUCUACCGGAAAGUCCGAAAUAUUUGUUAGUUCGAGGAGAAAACGAGGAAGUAAUGAGAAUACUACAAAAUAUAUACCGCAUAAAUACUGGAAAAGACAGGACGCAAUUCCCGGUGGGUUCGUUGACUUCGGAUGAAUCUGUUGAAGGCCUGAAACAUGAAAAGAACGAGUGUAUGUUGAGUUCAAUGUGGCAACAGACCGCGCCAUUAUUUAGGAAGGGAUAUCUUUUGAAAACGGCCAUGGUGUGCUAUUUACAUUUUGCAAUAUUUUUAUCGACAUCAGCUAUAAUAAUGUGGUACCCGCAAAUCCUGAACAGUAUGAGUGACUAUGGUCAAGUAGUACCGUCCAAUGAGGUAACAAUGUGUACAGCUAUCCUAUAUGAUGAAGCAGACUACAAAAACGACAUCCCAGAAGUGGGUGUGGGUUCUGGUAUCGUUAGAUCGAUAACGUCUCAAAUCUGUAUCGACACAGUGAACGAAGAGGUGUUCUUGGUAUCAUUGAUAAUAGGUUUUGUAUAUGCAGUCAGUUACAUAUUUAUUGGAACUUUCAUCAACACGUUUGGCCCAAGAAGAUUACUAAUAGGCUUAAUGACCUUCACGACAAUAUCCGGCGUCAUAGCGCAACACCUCUCCGGCCACACGUACAUCCAAGUGGCCCUAGGAGUGUUCCUUGUGGCCGCCACGGGCGUAGGCAUCGUGAACGCCAUCGUAGUGGAGCUGUACCCCACUCAAAUUCGAGGGAUGGCUCUCGCUGUGUCCCUUUGCGUGGGCAGAUUUGGGGCCAUGACGGGGUCCAACAUUGCGGGACCGCUGAUGUUAUAUCUGUGCGAUUAUAUGUUCUAUGUUUUCGCUGCGAGUCAUUUAGUGGUAAUCAUAAUGGUAUUUUUACUUCCGAAGAAGAAACCCGAUGUACCGAAGAUCGACACUGUUGAUGUAGAAAAAACUGUAACCAACAACAAUACAGAUGCUGAGUGUAGUCAACAAAAAUAAAAGGAGAAAACCCACAAGAUUUUUAUUUGUUUCUAUUUAAGAGGGAUCUUUAGUCUCUUGAAAGUAAGCUCACAAGUUUAUUAGGCGAAUACCUUAAACAAUUUAAAGGAUAUCUUGGG